AUGGAGGUGGUCGUCGUUUUGAAGACGCGGUUGACUGCUGGUGGUCGUGCAUUGGAAUGCGCAGCUGGCUGGUGGUGGUCUGUUAGAAGGCGCGGCUGCCUGCUAUCUUAUGGUUCAGUUGCUUCUGCCAGUUCUGUGCUCAAAGGCAAUGAAACUGAUAGACUUGCACUUCUUGAAUUCAAGGCUAAAGUAACUCAUGAUCCUCUUCAGGUUUUGAGCUCAUGGAAUGAUUCCAAUCACUUUUGCCAAUGGGAGGGUGUUACAUGCAGUCGGCGUCACCAAAGGGUGACCAGAUUGCUUUUUUCUCGUUCAAAAUUGCAGGGGUCUCUAUUACCAUCUAUUGGAAAUCUAAGUUUUCUUAGAGUUUUGGAUCUCAGAAAUAAUGACUUCCGCGGUGAAAUCCCUCACGAGAUUAGUCAUUUGUUCAGGUUACAGUUUUUAGGCCUGGAAAACAAUUCAAUUGGAGGGGAAAUUCCUAGCAACUUAUCGGCUUGUGUCAACCUUGAAUGGUUUACUGUUGGCAAUAAUAAGAUGGUAGGGAAAGUUCCAGGGGAGCUUGGCUCUUUGGCAAAGCUCCGUGGACUCUAUGUACUUCGCAACAAUCUGUCAGGAGAAGUGCCACCUUCCUUCGGAAAUUUGUCAUCCCUUGAGAUACUUUCGGGCUCAAUGAAUCAAUUUGAAGGAAGAAUUCCAGCAACACUUGGUCGGUUGAAUAGGGUUCGACUUAUUGGAUUAGGAAGCAAUAAGCUAUCAGGUAUGAUUCCUCCCUCAAUUUAUAACAUAUCUUCGCUUGUGAAAAUUGGAUUUGAGGAGAACCAGCUUAAUGGGAGUCUUCCCUUAGACUUUGGCUUCAAUCUUCCUAACCUUGAAGUGCUAAGUUUUACUGAUAACCAAUUGACGGGACCCAUUCCUCCUUCAAUAUCCAAUGCCUCAAAUCUAAUGGGACUUCUGAUUCCACUAAAUAGAUUUAGUGGAACGGUGCCUACUUUGGAGAACCUACAUAAACUACACGUGGUUAGUAUUUCUCUGAAUGAAUUAGGAUAUGGGAAAGAAGAUGACUUGAAGUUUCUCAAUUCUUUGCAAAAUGCUACGAGCUUAGAGAUACUGGCUAUUAGUGAUAACAGAUUUGGAGGUAUGUUGCCAGAAGUUAUAGGAAAUUUGUCAACCCAACUCAGAAUCCUAUCAGUUACGAAAAAUCAGAUGUUUGGAAGCAUCCCAACGGGAAUAACAAAUCUUGUUAACUUGGAUACAUUACAACUAGGGAUGAACCGAUUCACGGGCCAUAUUCCCAGCAGUAUUGGGAACCUACAUAAGCUACAAGAUUUGCAAUUCCAUGGGAAUAGGUUCUCGGGGAAAAUUCCAUCUUCCCUUGGUAAUCUAACAUUGUUAAGUGAGCUAACCAUGGAGAGAAACAACUUACAGGGGACCAUUCCAUCAAGCCUUGGGAGAUGCACAAAUUUAGUAGUAUUAGAUCUAGCUGAUAACAAUCUAAGUGGUACCAUACCCCCUGAAGUAACUGAUCUCUCAUCCUUGUCAAUUACUCUUGAUCUGUCUCGAAACCAAUUGACUGGUUCUCUACCCUUAAAUGUUGGUAACCUUACAAAUUUGGGUUUUCUAGCUAUAUCUGAGAAUAAAUUGUUUGGUGAAAUUCCUUAUAGUUUAGGCAGUUGCAUUAGCUUGCAACAACUAGUCAUAAAUGGUAAUUUCUUUCAAGGGAGUAUUCCAUCAUCCAUGAGUUCUUUGAGAGGCAUUGAAUGUCUUGAUCUUUCAUCCAAUAACUUGUCUGGCCAAAUACCCAAAUUUUUAGUGAGCUUUCCCUUUUUGAUGAACUUGAAUUUAUCUAACAACGACUUUGAGGGUGAAGUACCAACUGGAGGAAUCUUCAACAAUGCAAGUGCUAUUUCACUUUCGGGAAAUGAUAAGCUUUGUGGUGGCAUAACCGAGUUACAUUUAUCCAAGUGUCCCAUCAAAGGAUCAAAGCAAACUCGGUCUAUUUCAAAAACAGUGAUAUUUCCCAUCAUUGUCGGAAUUUUGUUGCUGACUAUAAUGUUAUGUUUGAUAAUUAUUCGCUGGUGGAGAAGAAUGAAAAGGGAUUCCUCUUCUGCAUCACCAUUGUUGGCUUCACUUCUGCAAGUGUCCUAUGAGAAUCUGUUGAAAGCAACUGCUGGGUUCUCUUCAGAAAAUUUGAUCGGUUCGGGGAGUUUUGGUUAUGUGUAUAAGGGAAUCCUAGACCAUAACGAAAUGGUAGUGGCAGUGAAGGUUCUUAAACUUCAACAUCGAGGACUUCCAGAUUUCUUGGCUGAAUGUGAAGCCUUGAGAAGUGUCAGUGCAAGUGUUGAUUUCCAAGGAAAUGAUUUCAAGGCUUUGAUCUACGAGUUUAUGGUUAAUGGGAGCUUGGAGGAGUGGUUGCAUCCGGCAACAAACGGAGCCCUAAACUUUCUACAAAGACUUGAUAUUGCUAUCAAUGUUGCUUGUGCAGUGGUUAUCUUCAUACGAUGCCAAACACCAAUGGUUCAUUGCGAUCUCAAGCCAAGCAAUGUUCUUCUUGACGAUGAGUUGACGGCUGUAGGUGACUUUGGAUUGGCAAGAUUCCUUCCAGAGGGCACCCAGUCUUCAAGUAAUCAAACAAGCUCCAUUGGUGUAAGAGGAACUGUUGGUAUGCUGCUCCAGAGUACGGCAUGGGAAGUGAGGUUUCAACUCAAGGUGAUGUGUACAGUUAUGGAUACUCUUAUUGGAGAUGUUUACAGGGAAGAGGCCGACCGAUGA